AUACCCUUCCACAAUACGCCGAGUGUCUGUCUUCUGUCUCGUUCCCUUGUCGGUGGGCCAGAUGUUCGAAUUUCUGGAAAACAAUGCUGUGCUCUCUGUAUGUAUGCAGUCUCUAUGGGUCAUUUCUUUCCGUGUCAUGGAUCUCUCCACUGUCCAUACCCUUUCGAAAACCAAAGUACCUUGUCCCCGGGAGCCGCCGAUGGAAAAGCAGCCGGCCUUCGGUCAUUGGAUGCCACUUCAGCUCGAGAUUAGCACCCCAUUCUUACCAUUCCAGAUUCUACUCUACGGCAGCUUGGUUAACGCUGCAUACCUAUUUUGGUGCUGUCGGUCGUGUCGGUGAGCAAACAGCCAACAGUGAUUUUCGAUCGGACCGCCGAUCGCCUGAUCUCUCAUUCAUGCAAGACCUACUCGUGCCUCGAAAAGUGUCCAAGGCUCUAGUGUACUGGGGGACAACUUUUCCAGCUUUAAGAAAUUUUAGAUUGUCUCCAGCGGGAAGACUAGAACCUUGUUGACUCGUCAUGAGCGUAUCGUCCCCUCGUCUAGCGUUGCUGCGCUUCACAAAGAACCGUUCUUUGCAACUCCCGCAGUUAUUGGCCCCUUAAGACUAAGUAAGCCCAGUAGUUCGACACCAGGGCCCCAUCAUGCGACUGGGAACUGCACGGGAUAUCCGGGCUGAUGAUCUACGCUACUAAUUUCUCUAGUUCCAUCUUAUUUUCUUUCUUUUUUUUUUUU